AUGGCACCUUGGAACGACACCGAGGACCGUCAGCUUCUUCUGUCCGUAAUCUCCGUCGCCCAGGUCAACCCUAACUGGGAGGAAGUCUCUAAGCAGAUGGGCAAGACCAAGGAAGCCGUUCGCCAGCGCUUCGCCAAGCUCAAGAAGGAGGCUGGCGAGAUCACCACCACCGCCGCUGCCGAGGACGGUGCCAGCCCUGUCUCUACUCCCGCCCCUCGCAAGCGCAAGACUAAGGCCAAGGCCAAGAAGGCUGCUUCUGACGAUGAAGAUGAGGAUGAGGGUACUCCUCUGACCAAGAAGUCCAAGCAGCCCAAGAAGAUCGUCAAGACUGAGGACGAGGACGAGGAUGAGGCUUAA